AUGCUAUUUGGCCUAGCCAAUGGGAAACAUCCUAACGGCUCACACAAUGGUUCAGCUUUUCACCGUUAUCGCAGCCGUCUCUUAUGCGACGACCGCCGUUUUGGCUCAUGCACCAUCAAUCCAUCUCAUACCGCAUUGCUCAAACGUCGUGAGGAGAACCUCAGCCUUCAGCGUCGUCUUGCUGAGAAAUGUGGACCUGAGCUUGCUCGUCGUCGUGCCGAGCGUCUCGCCCGUCGCGCUGCUCGUGCAGGUGUUGCCCUCGAAGAGCUUCACAAACGAACCGACCUUGCACCUCGGCAGUCGACGAACAACUCGACCGAGGGUACGUGCAUCUUGACGCCCGAGGUCACCCAAGGCCCGUACCAUAUCCUUGGAGAGAUGGUUAGACAGAAUAUUACGGAUGGUCAAGCGGGCCUUCCUCUCACCGUCGAAGUCGAUUUCAUUGAUGUCGAGACCUGCCAGGCCGUCCCGAAUCUAUGGGUUGACGCCUGGCAUUGUAACUCCACUGGGUACUAUUCGGGCUAUGUCUCCAUGACUGGAGCCGAGCUUAGCAGUGGAGGAGGAUUUGGCGGCGGAAACGGCAGCGCCCCUCCAGAUAUGACCAUGAGUGGCUCGGCAUUACCUACCGGUACGGCUCCUGCUGGCGACGGGACCUCGGCAACUACAACUGCCGCAGGUUCGACCUCCACCAAGAAUGCCUACUCGGGUGCAGACUCGACUGCUGCUGCCUCGAUGCUCAACACUGUUCCAACAGACCAGGAAAUAUUCUUGCGCGGUGCUUGGCAGGCGGAUUCAGACGGUCACUGGACUAUGCAUUCCAUUUUCCCUGGCUGGUACUCUGGUCGUUCGAUCCAUUUCCAUGUCAAAGUCUACGAAAACGGCUCCAUGGCUGAGAACGGCACGUUCAUUGCCGGCAGAGCAAUGCACACCGGUCAAUUUUUCUUUAACGAGUCGAUCACACAGGAGGUUGCUGCUCUUGCACCAUACAACACUAAUACUGUCACCCGUUUGACAAAUGAUGAGGAUCAAUGGUAUGCUUAUGAGAAUGCUGUCGGUUACGACGCAACAAUGGAUGUCGUCUACGCCGGCUCGAGCAUUUCAGAUGGUUUGAUCGGGUCUAUCAUCGUUGGCCUCAAUACGUCUUAUACGAGUAUUGAACUCUCAACACAAUGGUGGGCCGGAAACAGUUCAGACUCGAGCUCCAGCAGUUCUACCACUACUACUACCAACUCUGCCAGCGGAUACGAAAGCCCGAUGCUUGUGGCUGGUCUAUCUUUCUUCUCUCUUUUUGCGGGACUUUUCUAA